ACUAAUUAUUUUGUAGGUUUUAUCAAUAAUUAUAGCAAAAGAUUAUUUCAUGUUCGCUCCUUUAGUGAAGUGAAGAUUGAGAGGUCUAUCACAAUGAAUUCUUCUAUUCUUGCUGCAAUUUUUCUUCUUUCUCUCCUGAGUUUUGCUGUUGAAAGUCGAAAACUCGACCACAAAGAUAAUAAAUCUAGCACCAAUGGCACCCGAUGGGCGGUUCUGAUCGCUGGAUCAAAUGGUUACCGAAACUAUAGACACCAGGCUGAUGUUUGCCAUGCAUAUCAAGUUCUGAAGAGCAGAGGAUUGAAGGAUGAAAAUAUAAUAGUUUUUAUGUAUGAUGAUAUUGCUUUUCACAAAGAGAAUCCAAGGCCUGGAACUAUAAUCAACAAACCAAAUGGCGCUGAUGUUUACCAUGGAGUCCCCAAGGAUUAUACCGGCGAAAACGUCACUGCCGGCAAUUUUCUGGCUGUUAUUCUUGGAAACAAAACUGCUCUCACUGGGGGCAGUGGCAAGGUUGUAAAUGGUGGCCCAAAUGACCAUAUUUUUAUAUUUUACUCUGGCCAUGGUGCCCCUGGAUUUAUUGGAAUGCCUUCUUCUGGUGUUCUUUACGCAAAAGACCUAAUAGAUGUAUUGCAGAAGAAAUAUGAGGCUAAAGCAUAUGAAAAAAUGGUAAUUUACGUUGAUUCAUGUGAAUCUGGGAGUAUGUUCGAAGGACUUCUUCCAAAAACUUGGAAUAUUUAUGUCAUGACAGCAUCAAAAGCAUCAGAAGACAGCUGGGCUACGUAUUGUCCUCAUCAGCAUCCCUCUCCUCCGGCUGAAUACGAUAUUUGUUUGGGUGAUUUGUUCAGUGUUUCUUGGUUGGAAGACAGUGAGCAACAUGAUUUGCAGAAGGAAACGCUGGAGCAACAAUAUCAAGUGGUGAGAAAGAGGACAAGAUUUUCUGAUAAAUCCGCGGGUUCUCAUGUGAUGAGAUAUGGAAAUGUAAUGGGGAUUCAAAAUGAUUCAGUCUCAACUUAUUUUGGACCGAAUCCACGUAACUUUGUUUUCACUACUCAAACCUCUUUUUCUUUACCAUCAGAAAUUAAAGUUCUUUACCAACGUGAUGCCGAUGUCAAUUAUCUUCAACACAAGUUCAACAAAGCACAUAAGGGUUCUAAUGAGAAGACUAAGGCUCAAAAGCAACUCAAUGAAGAAAUUUCUAAAAGGCAGCGAGAAGAUUUCAAUAUUCAACAGAUUUCGACAAUCUUGUUUGGUUUUAAAAAUGGACAAAAUAUAGUGCAAUAUGUUCGACAUGUUGGCCAACCUCUUGUCGACAAUUGGGGUUGCUUCAAAAUGCUUAUGGGAGUUUAUGAAGAGCAUUGUGGAAGCUUGUCAACAUAUAGAAAGAAGUAUGCAAGAGCAAUGACAAAUAUGUGCAAUUCUGGGAUCAAUAAAGAGAAGAUGAUUAUGACAUUAGCCCAAGUUUGUAAACCAAAUUGA